GGGCCGUGGACACCUUCACGCUGAUCCACCACGACCUGGAAAUUUCCACCAACCCAGCUCAGUACGCCAUGAUCCUUGACAUCGUCAACAACCUGCUGCUGCACGUGGAGCCCAAGCGGAAGGAGCACAGCGAGAAGAAGCAGCGGGUCCGUUUCCAGCUGGAGAUCUCCAGCAACCCCGAGGAGCAGCGCAGCAGCAUCCUCCACCUGCAGGAGGCCGUCCGGCAGCACGUGGCCCAGAUCCGGCUGCUGGAGAGGCAGAUGUACGCGGUCAUGAAGUCCCUGCAGGACGACGGGCGCAACGAGGCGCUGCUUGACCACAACCAGAAGCUGCAGCAGCAGCUGAGCCAGGAAAAGUCCACCUUGCAGCAGGAGAGCGAGGACCUGAACAUCCUGAUCAGGUGCUUCAAGGACUUCCAGCUGCAGAGGGCCAACAAAAUGGAGCUGCGCAAACAGCUGGAGGACGUCAGCGUGGCCCGGCGGACCGAGUUCUACUUUGCACAGGCUCGCUGGCGUCUGACCGAAGAGGACGGGCAGCUGGGCAUCGCCGAGGUGGAGCUGCAGCGCUUCCUCUACAGCAAGUUAAACAAGUCGGACGACACAGCUGAGCAUCUGCUGGAGCUGGGCUGGGUGACCAUGAACAACCUCCUGCCCAACGCCAUCUACAAGGUGGUUCUCCGUCCCCAGAGCGCCUGCCAGUCGGGGCGCCAGCUGGCCCUGCGGAUUUUCAGCAAGGUCCGGCCGCCGGUGGGCGGCAUCUCCAUCAAGGAACACUUUGAGGUCAACGUGGUGCCGCUGACCAUCCAGCUGACGCAUCAGUUCUUCCACCGCAUGAUGGGGUUCUUCUUCCCCGGACGCAACGUGGAGGAGGAGGAGGUGGGCGACGAAGAGGACAAGUCCAAGCUGGUGACCACAGGGAUGCCGGUGGUCAAGCCGCGACAGCUGAUGGUCUCCGAAGACUCGCUGGGCUCCGGGAAGGGCAUGGGUCAAGGGCUAAACCGGACGUCGGGGGUCAGGCGCUCCUUCCGCAAAGCACCUGAGUACCCGGUGGACGACAUUGACAAGAUGAAGGAGCGGGCGGCCAUGAACAACUCCUUCAUCUACAUCAAGAUCCCCCAGGUGCCCCUCUGCGUCAGCUACAAGGGAGAGAAGAACAGUGUGGACUGGGGGGAGCUUAACCUGGUGCUGCCCUGUCUGGAGUACCACAACAACACCUGGACGUGGCUGGACUUUGCGAUGGCGGUGAAGCGGGACAGCCGCAAGGCCCUGGUGGCCCAGGUCAUCAAAGAGAAGCUGCGUCUGAAGCCGGCCGCGGGCACGGAGUCUCGGGCGAGGCCGGAGAGCAAGCUGGAGGGGCCGGUCCAGCAGCAGGAGGAGGACGAGAAGGCCCGGCUGCUGAUCGGGCUGAGCGUGGGCGAGAAGAACCCGGGCAAGAAGUCCCUCUUCAGCCGGCGCAAGUGA